AUGACGACGUACGGCACAAUUCCGACCUCAUCAUCAGGAGGCACAAACCUCGAAUACCUUUCCCGCGCAAAAGAAAGACUCAAAUCUGGCCUAAGCACUCGUCGGCCAUGGAAGGAGAUGUUCAAUAUCCGAUCAAUCAACCUUCCGUCGAGCUUCCGCGACGCAAUCGGACGGAUCAGAACAAACAUAGGGUACUUCAGCAUGAACUACGCCAUCAUAGUGCUAAUAAUUCUGUUUCUGAGUCUUCUUUGGCACCCGAUCUCUAUGAUUGUGUUUAUUGUCUUGAUGGCCGUUUGGUUGUUCUUGUAUUUUCUUCGUGAUGAGCCGUUGAUGAUUUUCGGCCGUACGAUCGGUGAUCGUGUGGUGCUGAUUGUGUUGUCGGUUGUCACAAUCGUUUUGCUGCUGCUGACUCGCGCUACGUUGAACAUACUGGUGUCGCUGUUGGUUGGAGUAGUGGUGGUGCUGAUUCAUGCGGCGUUGAGGAAGACUGAUGACUUGUUCUUGGAUGAAGAGGCCGCUGGGACUGGUGGCUUGUUAUCCACUGCUUCUCCUUCUUAGAAGGUGUUCGUGGUGGUAGAGGCCAACACUCUACUAUGGCUCAUCAUUGGCGAUUUUAAUGAAAUCCUGGACCCCAAUGAUAAGCUGGGUGGAUUACCAUUAAAGCAGUAAUAGGGUAGUUGAGUACAAGGACUGUAUGGAUCACUGUAACAUGUUAGACCUGGGAUUCACAGGGGCUCAUUUUACCUGGACAAAUGCCAGAGGGGCCAACGGACUUAUCAUGGAAAGACUAGAUAGGGCUUGGAGUAACCCUGAGUGGCUUGUAUUUUUCCCACAACAAAUAUUUGCCACAUGACUAGAACUGACUCAAACCAUUACUGUUGCCAAAAAGGGUUUGGAGAGAAUUGGGAAUUCCAGAAUCAGUGCUUCCUUCAUGGACCUAUACCCUUUUCUCCUUGCUUCUCUUCAACUGCAUAUCCAAGGCCGAUUCCAAUUAUGCCAAUUUACCAUGGAAAAUCCUUUUCCCUUGUACUUGUGCUAGCCUCUGCCAAACCAGGAAUAAGAGAGUUUUAGAGGUGAGAUCCUUACUGGCCAACAAUUUGCCAAACAAACCACAACCACGAUUAACCAGGCCCUUGAAGUCUGAGGCAUUGGUAGAAUGGAAGCCCCCGCCAGUUGGCUGGGUGAAAUUAAAUACAGAUGCGGCAGCCCUGGGGAAUAGCAGGGGCUAGUGGUGUGUGCAAAGACUGUAGGCGUAUGCUCUGGGGUUUUUUGAGCAAACUUGGAACCGCUACUAGUCUUGCUACUGAGCUUUGGUCUCUCAAACAAGGGUUAUUCAAAGAUUAUGAUCAACGUGGACGCACAGCUGGUGAUGGACCUCUUGAUGAAACCAACUUCUGAAGACCAUGCUCACAGUCCAAUUCUUGCUGAUUGCAGAUGAAUGAUGGCGAGAUUCUUGGAGGUGCAAGCUCGUCAGGAAGUAAGGGAAACAAAUAAAGUUGCGUAAAUUUUAGCUAAAAAGGGGGCAAUAGCCAAUGAAGACUUGUUUGUUUUUUUGGACCCUAUGAAAUGUAUUAUAACCAGCUUUAGGCUGAUAUGAUGGGUGUGAUACCCAAGACUCUUAUGUUCUAAUUAAUUAUGGUAUGCUA